AUGCUAGGCAAGGACAACAUUGCGCAGCUAGAGUGUAUCUGGGAGAUCAUCAUCCAGAGGCUGCUGCUUGACCCAGAGAACGUGUCCUUGCAUGAUGUGGCAAUUGUGCGGUGGACGGUGUCCCUUGUGGCGAACCGGGCAGCGAGGCUCAGUGGGACCGCUGUCGCUGCAAUUCUCAUGCAAAUGGGCAAUGCGAAGCUCAGAGGGGGAGCACCAGCACUGAAGGAGAACCUCAUCAUUGGUGUCGAUGGCAGUCUGAUUCAACACUACCCAAAUUUCGAGGCUCAGCUGUGCUCUUCUCUCCAGUCCUUGGUGGGUGAGGCAGUGGACAAGUGUGUAGAGAUCGACUUGGCAAAAGACAGAAGUGAUGCAGGAGCCACGCUAUGUGCUCUGCAAGCCAUUAAACAGGGUCUAUAA